GUCCUUUUCGGAUGUCUGUGUGUGUUGCCUCGCAACUGCUUUACAGAGAAACAGAAACGAAGAUGGCGGACGUUGCUCCAGCGAAAGGGGAAACCAAACGGACCCGUGUGUUUUUAAACCAUGUAGACGCGUACUCAAGCAAGAAUAUCAGCAAAAUAUUAGCUCGCUCAGUUGUAGGAGCUACGGCAGAUGAGGAGGAAGUAAAUGACGAUGAGUCGCAAGCAAGUGGAGAAGCCCCCAUCCAGACUGAUGCCUGCUAUCAGAUUGUUGGCACUAUGCAGGACCCAACUCAACCUAAACCUAAUUGGGUCGAUGAGGUUUUUGAAUACAAAACUAAAGAGGAACUGCUCCCUCACCUCCUUGGCUGUGAUAUUGUGCUGUACGACAUUAAUGGACCUCCAGACCAGGUGGAUCAGGCAACAUGGGCAGUGUCAGCAUUGCAUGCAGAGCUUGAGAACUGGAGUGGACUAAAAGUGUUCAUCUGUAUGUCUACUAUCAUGACUUGGGCUCGUAGCAAGCCUUUAGACCCUGAUGACCCAGAGAUUCCAUUUACUGAAGAUGACUACCGCCGUCGCCGGGCCCACCCAAACUUCAAACCCCACAUCAGUGCUGAAAAACUAGUCAUCAAACAUGGCAAAACCAACAAAGCAAAAUUUAUCACUUAUGUGGUGGCCUCUGGGUUGACAUAUGGAUCUGGUGAAGACAUCUUCCACUUUUUGUUCAAGACAGCAUGGCAUGGCCAGAUGCCAGCCCUGCAGUGCUUCGGCCCUGGCGACAACAUUGUGCCUACUAUUCACAUCUCAGACCUUGCAAGCAUUGUGCUCAAUAUUUGUGAUCAGCAUCCCAAAGUACGCUACAUGGUGGCGGUGGAUGAGUCUAAAAAUACCCUGGAAGAGAUUGUCAAGGCUGUCAGCAUUUACUUGGGAACAGGAAAGGUCAAGAAGAUCUCCAAGGAAGAAGCACUGCUUAUCAAGGAACUGGAGCAAGCAGAUUUUGACAUGCUUCUUGUAAACCUUCGAAUGGAAGCAACAUUCAUUAAGGAAGGGAUGAAUAUUAACUGGGUCUCAGAGACUGGUGUUGUCGACAACAUAGAAAAAGUCAUCAAGGAAUAUAAGGAGACGAGAGGACUUUUGCCUGUGCGCGCCUGUAUCCUAGGCCCUCCUGCCUCUGGGAAGACGUUGGUCGUAAAACAGCUCUGUACCCACUACAAGCUUCACCACAUUAGAAUACAGAGUGUGAUAGAUGAGGCCAUUGAAAAACUGCAACAAAGUGCAGCUCGCGCAGACCAAGACAAUGAUGAUGAGGAUGACAUGAAAGCACAGGAAGACCAAGAACUGCUGGAAGCUCUGCUUGAAAGCAAGGAGCAAAACAAUGGGCGUUAUGAAGAUCAAUACAUUAUUCGAUUCUACAGAGAAAAGCUACAUUCCAUGCCCUGUCAAAAUCAGGGUUUUAUUCUUGAUGGAUAUCCCAAGACAUACGAACAGGCAAAAGAGCUCUUUGCAGCUGAAGAAGGCGAGGAGGCAGAAGACGAGUCACCCCUUGCCUAUGACAAGUUAACAAUGCCAGAGGUCGUGGUGUCGUUAGACGCAUCCGAUGAUUUUCUCAAGACACGUGUUAUGAAUCUACCAGAGAGUGUGGUCGCUGGGACUCACAAUACUGAAGAGGGGUUGAUGCGUCGUCUGUCCGAGUACCGCGCUGUCAACACCGAAGACGAGACUGUACUCAACUUCUUCGAUGAGCUGGAGAUCCACCCUGAUAAUAUAGAUAUUUCACAAGACUCCAACGACCCGAAGAUGUGUGCAACUGUGGAACAGAUAAAGAAGCUGAUGGGUGAACCGAGAAAUUACGGACCGACGCCAGAAGAGCUUGCAGAGAUGGAGAGAAAGGAAACGGAGAAAAGGCUGGAAAAAGAGCGUAAAGAGCGCGAGGAGCGAGAGCGCAGAGAAGCCGAGGAGGCGGCGCUACGAGCUCAGAGGGAGGAGGAAUGGCGUGUCCGGCUUCAAGAGGUUAAGAAACAGGAGCAAGAACUUCUUGAAAACCAGUCCAUCCCCCUGAGGAACUACCUGAUGAAGCAUGUGAUGCCCACGCUGACUCAGGGCCUCAUUGAGGCCUGUAAAGUACGACCGGACGACCCCAUAGACUUCGUGGCGGAAUAUCUGUUCCAGAACAACCCACAAAUUGAUUAAUCCGAGUGCCACCACUUGUACAUUUGUAACAUAGUCACCUGUCAUUAGUAAUGUGUAUAAUUUGGACAGAAGUUCUAGCUCUCAUCGCUUAUUAUAAUCCCUUUAUGUAAUGAAUUUUUUAAGGAGGGAACUGAAAUAAACCAUUAAAAUUUGCACAA